CAUUUGGGAAGCAGCACAAAAGGCGGCUGUUGUGCAAGAAGAAGCAGAGUGGAGAUCAAAGCGAAUUCGCCAAGCAAACAAAAUGUGUAAAUUUCAAUUGCGGCAACGACAACAACAACAAUGUGGGAACUGUGCGCGCAGACGUAAAGUGAAUACAAUUGUUUAGAUGGGGCGGACAGCGCUCAGCUGUUGUUGUGCACUCACUCACACACACACGCUGCUCAUUUGCGCGUUGUCAUGUUUAUGUUUGUUACGUUUACCUGUUGCCCACUCACACACACACACACACGCACGCAUACAAAAGAGAAAACGUGAAGCAGCAAAAGAGGCAAAAGUCAAAGCGAGACGAACCAAAACAAGAUUGUUGUUGUUGUUACCCAGCAACAAGAAUACCUCACAUGUUGUGUGUGUGUGUGUGUUGAGUGAGCAGGCGUGAGCAUGUGUGUGUUUAAGAGUGCAGGUGUGUGUGUGAGAUGGCCCGCAACGGGUUUGUUGGCCCGCUGCUUGAGCUCUUUGGCAUUUUCACAACGUCAGAAGCCAAGAAGCUGCGCAGUCGCAAUUGUCUCGCAAAGCAAAACAGGCAAACAACAAAACAAAAACACAGAAAAGAAAAAAAAACAGAUCUAAUAACAAGUGCGUCCGAUUUAGAAAAUAAGCCGCUUAAAAAGUGACAGUAAACAAAAUACGAGUCGAGUGCCCGACAGAUGGCGCUGCCCAACAUUGAGGAAGUGCGUCAAAAAUGCGGCACCGUUUACACUUGGAAUUGCGCUGGCGAACUCUAUGGCAUCGAGUGUGAACUAUGCGAGGAGCGUCCCCUCUGCGCCCUCGACGAAUUCGCCGAACAUAUGGAACUCUGGCAUUCCGAUUGGCAGCAAUCGGAAUUGUCAUCCUCAUCCCCAUCCUCAUUAUCAUUAUCAUUGUCCUCGCCUCCCAUUGAGGAUGAACUUAUGCACGAAGUGCUCGCCGAACAGCAACAGUUCAUUUGUCCAGCUGGCGACUGCGAGGUCAACGAACUCAAGCAGCAACUUGUCCAAGAGCUGAAUGCCCUUGACACGCAGCAGCCAGCGACGCUGACGUUGACGUUGACAGCGCAACAGCAACAACAACAACAGCUGCUGCUCGUCGAUACACUUGGACCCGAGGAGCGAACGCAACUUCGCCACGAUGACGCUAGUUUGCCCCCCGCUGUGGAGAACAACAGCCAGAAGCUGUCGUCGGAGCACGUGCAGCAGCUGAUCGAGUUGUAUCGCUCCGAGACACGCCUGUGGAACCAGACACAUCCCGAGUUCCGCAACGUGGAGCUGUGUCGCGACUCCUGGCGUCGCAUCACUUCGGCUUGGAGUGCGCACUGCGGUCGCAGCUUUAGUGUCACCGAGGUGCGAAUCCGCGUCUCGACGUUGUGUCAACGUUACAUCAAGCAACGCGAACGCCUCGAUGCCGAGGGCGAAGGUGGCAACGAUGAACUCGAUGAUGGGUCGAAAUUCGUGCACUACGAUCAACUGAGAUUUCUGGGCGAACAGCAGACGCUGCUGAAGCGUCAGGAGCACGUUGCACGUGAGAAUCGGAAGCUGUUGGAGAUCUACGAACACUAUCCGAUCCUGUGGCACAAUGCGCAUAAGCGAUUGCGUUGCACGGCAACGAUGCGGCAGCGUCAUGAGGCACAUCGUGGCCUCCAGUUGGCGUUGAGUAUGUGUGGCAUCAAGUUGUCCGGAUUGGCGAUGCAACGUCGCCUGCAAUCGUUGCGCAAACGCUAUCGAUUGGAGAAGAUACGCUAUUUGCACAGCGUCGUGGAGGGAAAACAACUGCAAUUUGUGGCACGCUUUGAGCACUAUGCGGAAAUGGAAUUUCUGCACAAACACAUCGAUCCCUAUGUGUGUGCGGUGUGUGGCAAGAUCUUUGAGCAGCUGCCCAGUCAUCAGGCGCACGUGCAAAGCGGCUGCGAGGGGCAACAACAAGUCGAAGAGUUGCAGCAGCAAGUGGAAAAAGCAGCCACAUUGGGUGAACUGAUGACACAGCUGGAACAGCAGCAGCUGAGCGAAACGUUGCCACAAGUCGAAGAGCAAGUGGAGGAGGCGGAUCAGGACCAGGCAAAGGAAAUAAGCUUGCCACAAGUUGAGGAGCUGCCACUGCAGCAACCGCUGCACAAUUUAAGGAAGUUGAAGGAGGAUCAAACGGAGCCCAACAACGACGGCAACACGUAUGCGUUGCGUGUGCGCUUGAGCUUGCCACAAACACACAAACUGAUCGAACUGUAUCAGGCGCAACCACAGCUCUGGGAUCCCAAUCAUCUCGACUAUCAGGCGCGCGUAGAGCGUCGCCAGGGCUGGCAGCAAAUCGCCAACGAGCUGAACGCAUUUGCUGGCACCAGUUACAGUUGGCAAAUGUUGCAUCGCAAGCUCAUCGAUUACAUCAAGUAUUAUCGCCGCGAGAGGCAGCAACGAGAACAGCAACGCAACGAUCAGCGACGUGAUCAGCAAGGCGAACAGCAACGAGAACUGCGAGAGAACGAUCGGCAACACGAUCAGCAAAUCGAUCAGCAAGGCGAUCAGCAACGGGAACAGCAAAGUGAUCAGCAACGCAACGAUCAUCAAAACGAUCAGCAACACGAUCAGCAACGGAACGAUCGGCAACGAGAUCACCAAAGCGAUCAUAAACGCAACGAUCAACAACGCAACGAUCAGAAAAACGAUCGACAACGCAACGAUCGGCCACGCAACUGGAGCUUCUAUCAGGUCUUCAGCUUCCUGGAUGACAUUGUGCCCAUCAGCUGUGAGCUACAGAAGACACUGCAGCAGCGCGAGAGCAAUCUGAAGAUCAUCCAAGUGUAUCGCAGCUACGAGCAGUUGUGGUGCACCCAACAUCCGGAUUACACGAAGCGCAAGCAGCGACAGCGGCAGCUAGAAUCGCUGUGCACCCGGCUGCAGGAGGAAUGCAAUUUGCAGAUCAGUUUGGAGCGUUUGCGGAAUCGUUUGAUCGAGUUUCGGUGUCAGUAUCGUCAGUGCAAACAGGCGCGACUCGAGGCUGUGCAACACGGUGUGGCAUGGCAGGCCAGCUACGAGUAUUACGAGCCGUUGCAAUUCCUCGAGCAACAUGUGGCACCCUUUGGCUGCGGUUAUUGUGCAGAUAGCUUUAAGCGACGCUCGGACUUUGUGCGCCAUCAACGUCAGGUGCAUGGACAGCAACAACGUGGAAGGAAUUCUUCACCGAAUUCACCGUCUUCGCUCGAGCACAUUUGCCACAUCUGUGGCAUGAAGUUCUCGCUUCGCACCAGUUUGCUGGCGCAUUUGCGUCGCCAUCUCGGCCAGCGGACGCAUGCGUGCAACGAGUGUCCCAAGAAGUUCUUCAACUCGACCGCGUUGCGUGUGCAUCAACGCAGUCACACCAAGGAGCUGCCUUAUGUAUGCGAGCAUUGUGCUCGGGGCUUUGUGAAUGCCAGCAAGCUAAAUCAGCAUCUGAAGCGUCAUGCCGAGCAGCGGGAUUAUCCCUGCUCCCGCUGCGAUAAGGCUUUCUAUACGGCCCACGAGCGGGAUCGACAUACGCGUGCGCAUCUCAAUAUCAGGGACAAAGUGUGUCCGUAUUGCAAUCGCGCUUUUGUCGUGGGCAGCGCUUACUAUGCCCAUCUCAAUCUGCAUCGCGGCGAGAAGCGGUACAGCUGCUCGAAUUGCGGACAGCGGUUCGCUCAGUAUGCCGGACUCUAUAAGCAUCGCAAGCGAUGCACGGCCAAUGCGAAUGGUGAUACGGGCAACGAGAAGUAGACACCGAGAGAGAUAUAGAAAAGGUCACUCUUCAUUCAUUGAUAGAGUUCAGCUAAAUCAGCUUUUAUUUUUUAAAUGAAUACUGUUUACCAACUUGUAAACAGUAUUUCUUUUUUAUUUGUUGUUCUUCUUUCAUGUUGUUUUCGUAAACGUUUUACUGCCUAGAAAACUACGUUAUUUUUUAAAUUUAUUUUUCUGGCUUUUAAUAUCACAUUUUUAACUUCCAAUAUUAACAGAUAUUUCAUGGUUAAUGUCACAUUCGUAAACGUUUAACUGG